UUGACAGGGUGAACAGGAUCCCUUGCUUAACGUACUCGGCCAGCACUCACUGUGUUGUCCUGUUUGUGUCCGUGAUACCGCGUCCUUUUCCGCUGAGAAACGUUUUGACAUCACCGUGUGUCACUCGAUUCUCGCUUUGCGCAUAUUACCUCGUCUUUCUUUGCCUGUUCCUUCUUGAUCUAGCAGGCCAGCCCAGCCAAUUUCGGUACCUGUGCAAAAACCAAAGGACAACUGCACCGAACAUGCCUCGAUCCUUCCCUCCCUCAUCUGUCAAGAGACACAGCGGGCGCCGGUCGAGCGACACAGCACGCGACCGCGAUGUUCGCCAUCGUCCUUUUGCUGGCGAAGAACAAGAUCGCCAGGAACAGUCGAAAUGGAAAACGAUGAGACAACACUUUAUCGCCAUGAGCGGUGAAUUCGUGGGCACUCUCCUGUUCCUGUGGUUUUCGUUCGCCAUUGCACAAACCGCCGCAAUGACCGGAGGAGUGGCCGGAACGUCUUCUGAGAUCGUCCUCACAAGUUUGGGAUUCGGGUUCUCACUGCUCGUUACCGUUUGGGCCUUUUACAGAAUCUCGGGUGGCUUGUUCAAUCCUGCUGUCACUCUCGCCAUGGUGCUUACAGGCAACGUACCAUGGUUUCGCGGUCUAUUGCUUCUUCCAGCUCAAUUACUUGGCGGAAUUGUCGCAGCUGCCUUGGUCCGAUGCAUGUUCCCAGGACCUUUGUCUGUCAACACGCUUCUGAGCAACGGGACCACCCCUGCCCAGGGCGUAUUCAUCGAAAUGUUCCUGACUGCGCUCCUCGUUUUUACCAUUCUAAUGCUCGCCGCGGAGAAGCACUAUGCCACGUUCAUGGCCCCUGUGGGCAUUGGGCUUGCCCUGUUUGUGGCAAUGAUGGCUGGCGUGCACUGGACCGGUGCGUCACUCAAUCCUGCCCGAAGCUUCGGGCCGGCUGUGGCGACGCCGCAUUUCCCUGGCUACCACUACAUUUACUGGUUUGGCCCUAUCAUGGGCUCUCUCGUCGCAGCCGGAUACUACAAAUUCGUGAAAUACCUGAACUACGAAGAAGCGAACCCAGGCCAGGACGCCAUCGACGAAAGAGAGAAGCAGAAGCAAGACGAGAGGGCUGCUUCCGACGCUUGAUCGAUGCAUGUGGAUGCAACACACGGCUUUCUUCCCACCCUCUUACAGGGCAGUGUCAUGUAACACCGUGAGCUUCAUAGCGUUUGUGAACGUAUUGGUCGGUCCUAUUCAGUGGGUGGUGACUAUCGUUUGCCCCUUCGGAAGGGAAAAAGGUGCUUACACAAUGGCGGCCGGUUCAAAUGCUUUGGGAAACGAUGGGACUGGGUAUGAAUGGGGAUCUUUCGUUACGCCCGAAUUCCAAGGUCGAAGCCUCCAAGUGUUACCAUUGUCCGAUGACGGAUACCCCCGACUUCUGGGCGAUGUCGUCCAUCAGGUUUUGCUGUUCGACAGGUAAAUGGGCGGGCGGCCAGACCGAGGCUCCCAUUCAACCCAUUGGGAUAAAAAGGAAAUGUACACGCCAACGACGGGAAGCUCUCACGCAUAUAUUAUGACGGCAUAUCUUUUGACGAUAAACGACAUGUUCAAUAGCGACGCUGCACCAUCAUAGAAUACGCGAACAUGAAGCACACGUAUGGGAGGCUGGAUUUGCUAUAGGACGAAAUGUCUGUAACCUGUUGAGAUCAAUCCUACAAUUCACUGCCAUACAACGACACCAAACC